AAUCAGCUCAGUGUUUGAGAAACUCUCAGAGGAAACGGUUAUAGUAACUAGUAUUCGGGCGAUACUUUCGUUCUAAGUAGUGCUAGUGCCCAAAAAUAUUCGCGGUGUCGCGCUCCCCGUAAAAAGCUACAAUAAAAGCCCACAAUUUGUCACCUCAACUGAAGCAAUGAGGCCCUAAAGAUGAACACCAAAUAUUGGAAGCCAUUGUUUAAGGUUUACGGGUUGAUCCUCACCCUAUGGAUACCCUGGGUCCAAGGACAAACCGAUCCUUCGCCGGUUCCAUUGAUUGGGAGCGAGGAACUAGCCGAUAAGGUCACUGUGUCUGUGGUUUCUGCGGUCUAUACACUCAGUUUUAGUAUCCCAGAUGAGACGGACUAUGCCAUCGAGGGAGUCACCUGUCGCAAUGGAUCCGGAACAGAGACCAAAGCCAACGAGGCUAACGUGGUCGAAAACCUUAAUCCUUGCACCUUCUACUCCUGCGUGGUUUCAUUCCGGUCAAAUGUCGUUGGAAACCACCCACCUUCAGACCAAACGGUCUAUGCCUAUACCGAAUAUAAACAGCCCAGGACCACAAUGACCGCUGUGGUGGCCACUGCGAAUACCAUAAAAGUGACCUGGCAGACUACCGAUCGCGCUUGUGUGGAGUCCUUUGAAAUCACGGCAAAGACGUCGGAAAACUCUAAAUCCGCAAUGCAGCUAAGCGAUAAGAAUUCGCAAACUUUUUACGAACUAAGUGCCUGUGUUACGCACACUGUGACCCUGGCCACCCGUAAUAACGCCAGCAUAGUGGUGGAUACGGACUCCACCGAAGUGGACACCCAAUACGCUGAACCCGGUGAUCUAGCCAUUAAUGUAACAAACUAUGCCAGUGGAAUUACGAUAGUCUCUUGGGGAGAUCCCACCGAGAAGAACUGCAUCAGCAACUAUGUCUUCAAGUGGAGGCGGGACGAUUGCGGAAAGGAUCAAAACUUGGAUACUACCACCACGGAAGAACCCAGCACUGAGACUACAAACGAUAUGGAUUACAUCACUGCCACCACAAUGGACACCACUCCAGAUGACCCCGACAUUGAAGUUGUAUGCGAUUGGAGCGAUGCCUCAGCUGAUGGCAAGCUAAGGGAAUUUCUCUUAGCCGAUCUUCAAGGAUGUGAGCCCUAUACCUUUCAAGUAUUUAUCAACGAAAACAAAACGGCCAAGGCUUCGACGCAGUUCACAUCGGCUGAAAACAUGGCCAGUGCCAUUUAUGAACCCAACUUUACUGCGGAAUCUACUCAGUUACGAUGGACCUGGUCGGCUCCCCAAAAUCAUCCCAGAUGUGUGGCUAACUACAGUGUAAAAUUGGCAGGACCCACUCAGCGCUCGGAGAACCAAACUUAUGAGUUAGUUACAGAGGAGAGGUUCGCUACCUUUAAGGACCUUGAUCCAUGUGGGAUAUACAUAGUGGAGAUUGUGCCCAUCCAGGUGAAUGGAAGUUUGGGAGCUAGGUUCCAGGAACAGAGCACCGUUGGCGAGGAUCAGCCCACCGAGAUUUUAGAUCCCGAGGUGGAUCCCGCCGCUUUUUCUGUGGUGAUAAGCUGGAAAACCCCCGCCUACGCUGAUCUCUGCAUCGAUGGUUACCGCCUGUCUGGCUGGAUGGAUGACGACAAGCUAGUCGAGGUCGAGGCGCUAAGUACUACUACCCAGAACACGACCGUGACCUUCGACAAGAAUCUUCUGGCCUGUCAGGUCUACAUAAUCCAGAUCAUCCCCUAUACCAUAGGAAGUCUUGACGGGCAGCUAAGAAAGGUCGAGGUGGAGACCAUGGCAGCUGUAGUCGAUAGCUCCAAGGUGAAGCUGGAAAUGAAGACAGCUGGCUCCGAAUUCAUAGAGUUAACCGCCUUCAAUGCAGACUAUAACAACACUUGUGAGACUAUUUAUGCCCUUUUUAGCUGCAAUGCCACCACCACAGUGCGAUAUCCAUAUGCGGAGAGAUAUGUACAGGGACACAGCAAGCAAGGCUUCAAUGCCAGUCUCGAACCACUUUCUCCAUACACCACCUACGUCUGCAGGGUGGUACUAUACAACAUUGCCGGACCUAUGGAACCGCUGAGUUUGGCUGGUCUGCAGACCUCUACAUACUUUCCUGAGCAGCCGGAGAACGUUGAGCUAGAAAAGGCCAGCGAUAGCAGCCUGGUGUUUGGCUGGCAUCCACCCACCUACACAAAUGGACCCAUUAAGUACUACCUGACCUUCCUGAUGCGCCAUGAGGCCAGCUACUUUGUUCCCGAGGACUGCACCGAGGUUGCCCAGGACACCAAGUCGGAGACCAAGGGCGAGCCAAAUGUCAACUUCACGGGUCUGGCUCCAGCGGUGCGAUAUAUGAUGCAGGUUGCGGCACAGAACGAUUUCGGAAUGGGCAUGUAUACGAACCCCGUAGUUGGAAUCACCUUGCCUGCAGUAUCCGAGAUCGUAACCGAGCUGACCGUAACGCCUGAGGGUCCCGACAAGAACAACACCGAGUACGGCGCCAACGUGACAAUCACCUGGAAGGCGCCCUGCAAGUCCAAUGGCGACAUCGAGUACUUCCAACUGGGCUUCAAGGGUACGAGGGACCAGUUCGCCACCGUCGAGUUUCAGCGCAAGGUGGAACUGGAUCUGGGGAACCCACAGGGUCGGAUUAGCUACACGGAGACGGAGAUGCAGCCGCAAUAUGACUACACGGUGCAGGUGGCUGUAAAGAACAGGAACGUGGAACGACUUAGUGGCAGCGUGGUGGGCACAUGGCAAUCCCCAGCGGGAUUACCCACUGUUCCCAGUGAAGAACUGAUAAAGCAAAUGCGUGCCAAUGUGGAGGAGACAACGAAUCCAACGAAGACGGCUAUAGUACGACUCCCAGCGGACAUCAUGACAUCCGAUUCGGGGGACAUCAAGUACGUGGCGCUGAUGCUCUCGCGGAAGAGCUGUGCUGGAAUUCCAGACCUGGAGUUCGAUACAACUGGCGACAGUUGGCCCCAGGUUCUAUCCUACCAGGAAGCCGGAGCUGAUGGCACCGGAGACUGCAGCCUGCAGUACCAAACCACGGAGGAGCGUUGGCAACCGGUGCCCGUUCAACGCCAGGGAAGGAUUGUUGAGCUGAAUUCCACGUUAACGUCGAAUGAGGAAAUAGUUUUCACCAUUGGACUGGACAAGUGUUCGGAGACCACGAAAAGAUUCUGCAAUGGACCACUGCUACCCGAUACGGAUUACAAUGUGGUGGUUAGACUCUUCACAUCAUCUGGUUAUAGCGAUGCCGCCGUUCUGAACUUCAAGACCAAGGCUGCCAUCAAGGUGACCCUAAUCCUGGUCAGCGUUUGCAGCUGCCUGCUGGUGGCCUUCGUCCUUGGUUUGGCGGUCCUCUGGGUGCGAAAGCGGUUGGCCUGGAAACGAGACUCCGGUCAGGGCAUUGAGGAUCCCUUUGGCAAUGUGAUUGCCAAGAACUUUGCCAUCUUCUAUGCGGAGGUGGCCAAGCCGGAGAAACUGGCUAGGGAGUUCAAGGAGAUCACCGUGGUGGCCCUGGAGCUGAGCUAUUCCGCCUCCGAGCUGGGUUGCCACAAGAAUCGCUAUGCGGACAUAUAUCCAUAUGAUAAGAAUCGUGUGAUCUUGGACAUAGAUGCUGAGGGAUCGGACUACAUCAAUGCCUCUUUUAUAGAUGGUCACACGCGCAAGAAGGAGUACAUAGCCACCCAGGGACCAAAACCAGAGAGUGUGAUGGACUUUUGGCGCAUGAUCCUGCAGUACAAUGUGCGGGUUAUCGUUCAGGUUACCCAGUUUCGCGAGGGCAAUACGAUAAAGUGCCAUGAGUACUUUCCCUAUAACAUGCGUGGAUUGACGGUGACCGUAAAGUCCAAGGAGACCUUAGAGCUAUACGAUCGAACAGAAUUGACAGUUGUGCAUGAUAAAUACGGUUUGAAGGAGAAGGUGGUCCACUUUUACUUUAAGAAGUGGCCCGAUCACGGUUGUCCCGAGGAUCCCAUGCAUCUGAUCACCCUCGUCAAAAAGGUCAAGGCGGAACGGCGGCCCAGUUACUCGCCCAUUGUCGUCCAUUGCAGUGCGGGAGUGGGCAGGACGGGCACCUUUAUAGGUCUGGAUCUGAUCAUGCAGCGUUUGAAGAGCGAAUCGAAAAUCAAUAUAUUCGAGACAGUCAAGAAACUGCGUUUUCAGCGCAUGAAAAUGGUCCAGACGCAGCAGCAGUACACAUUCCUCUAUGCCUGCACCUACGAGCUGGUGAAGCACAAGAUUCCCCGAGCAGCCUUAAAAAUGGAGGGACGUCCCAAGUCCGUGACCAUACCGCCUAUUUCCACUCCCAAAAAGGUGAGCUUCCCGGAUGUGGAUGUCGGCAGUGGGGACAAUGCCUUCGUGGCAUCUGCUCCAAUGGCCGAUCUGGAGAAUGGUGGACCCACCCUGCAGCUUCCGGCCCGAUAUAAUGGAUUGCGGAAAAAUAGUCCACCAGAAGGAAAGGAGGAACCAACUUCGAGCAGCAAUAUGUGAGAGUUUAUGGCAUUUAUACCAACCAGCCAAACUCAUCAGCAAUAAUAGCCAAAGAAAAUGUGUCAAAACUUGAAAAUUGUAUUUAAAAAACUGUUUUUGUACAUACUAUGAAUGUUAUUUAUAAAGAAGAUCUUGUAUAACCGUUAGA